CGGCUCUUGAAGCAUUCCACCUCAAUAAGUGUCGAUCCACCGAGUCUCCUCAUCCAGCGACUUCUGUUUGAGUUAUCAGAUAAUGGCGAAGAGCAACUGGUUCGCAACGCCGGCUAUGGAUAUGCGUCUGGCUUCUUGUACUCUACUGGGAAGCAGCUAAUGACAAAUACCCCUGCACGGAACCAUGAACGUGAAGUCAAUCCUCUUACUAGUCAAAGAAGAGACAUGGAAACGCAGUCAGACCUCCCGGAAAUGACAACGGAAGAAAAGGAACGUGAGGCAGAAAGGUUAUUUGUGCUAUCCGAACAGUUCCAUGAAAACGGCGUCAUGCAAGUCGAGAAUCCGGUUGCCGUGGCUAUACGUGGAGACAGACUCGAAGAUAUUUGA